AUAAAUUAUGCACUCUGUGAACAUAAAUACGCCUCAAAUGGAGUUAUUGAGUUCAAGUUCUGUAUUUAUAUAGUUAAGGCUGCCUUAUACCGAAUGGGCUCUGGCGAUUUGAAUCCGCUUCAUCUUGAUCCCAGUUUUGCGAAGAUGUCCGGAUUCAAAGAGCCUAUUCUACAUGGUAUGUGCACUCUGGGAUUUGCAACACGGCAUGUAAUCAAGCUCUGGGCUGAAAAUGAUGCAGAGCGAUUUAAAACACUAAAGGCACGCUUCUCGUCUCCGGUAAUUCCUGGGCAAACGCUGAUCACUGAAACUUGGAAAGAUGGGAAUCGUAUCAUUUUCCAGACCAAGGUUAAAGAGACGGGCAAAGUGGUGAUUUCAAAUGGAUGGAUUGUACUGACCGACGUAGCGACGUUGCCUGCUGUUCAAGACAUCAGCACUUUGUCAAAGCUUUAA